GAACUUAUGUUUCAUUUUAUCUUGAUCUAUAUUGGGGAGCUUAUAUGUGUGGGAAUCAUUUUCUGAUGCCUUCAGUGGUAAUAUACAAUCUGAUAGAUGUGAAUGUUCUGUGGGAUCAGGGAGACAAAAUUUAGAAAUUGGGCUUGUUUCAUAAAAUCCAGGCUCAAUGAUCAUCAUAAUGAACUGUAUUACACAGUAUGUUGGAUUGGCAGUGAGGAGAGUAGGACACUGCUUGUAAGAGGCGUGGGAAGGCACUUUUGCCCAAAGCACUCACUCUUCAACUAGCUUCUUACUGCCCAAAUUCCACAGCUCUCUUGGCAUUCCAAUAUCCUAUGGACUGAGAAGAAUAAGUCUUCUUGGGAAAGGUUAUAGAUUAAGUCAUUCAUUGUAUAGGCAGUGAAAGAGGUGUUUAUUGGUCUUUUUCUAAAAGCAGAUUAUUAGUAGGCUGGCAGAACAAGAAAUGAGAGCAAAGGAUGGAAGGCAAAUUUACUGUUUCACAGGUGGCUGGGCUCUCUCUGGUAUCAAGGAGGGGAAUUUGUAUGCAAUUUAACUGCAAAAAAACCCCAAAACAAACCACAAAACCUAUUUCUGGCACAUAGGUAAUGGGAAUUUUCACCAAUUGGAUGUGAAUAUAACUGCUGAGAUGUCCUCGUCUACAUAUAAUAGUCACCAGUAAAGUAAUCUUUGGAAAAAAUUAUAAUAUGUUAACCUUUUAAAUGAAUGUUCCUCUCUUCUUUUUAAAAGGAAUAAUUAUAAGACAUGAAUUUUAAUGUCUGGAAUAUCAAAGAGAUGCUCAGUAUUCCCUCAGGCUCUGGGGCCACUAAGUCAUCUAACUGGAAUAAUAAUCAGACUGACUACUCUAGUCUCAGUGAUUCCCAGUUCCUUUUUGGAUCCCAGUUCUGUCCAGAAAAUUCAGAGACCCCGUCAACACCCUUGGACUUUGGUGUCCACUUGAGACAUCCAAAACAGUCGCAACAGAAUUCUCUGGAUAGUGAACCUAGUAUUUUCAUAAAGUACCAAACAAAACCCCAGCUGUUUGGAAGAGAUACAAAAGAUGGAGGCUUAUUUCCUCUUCCUUUGUCAGUUGGAAAAUCAAAAGGCCUCUUGGAACAGUUUGAGGAGAAAAAGAAAAGUGAAAAAGACAAAUGUGACAGUGAGACUCUAUACAAUUUCAUUUCCCAUAUCAAAGAAAGCAUUAACAGGUUACAGACAUCUGUGGAAAAAUCUGAGGAAUUUCUCAGUUCCAGAAGCCAAUCUAUUUUGGAAUCUUUGGAAACUGUGGCCAAGACAUUGCAAGAGACCAUGAAGGCAGCCCAGAGUGAUCUGGUGUUGGAAACAGUGUGGGACAAAUGCAACAUGGAACAGGCCAUCCUUGAGCUGCAAAAGAGAUUUGAAGGUAGACAAGCAGAGUUUAUAGAAAUGAAGUCCAACCUGAAGCACCUUGAAGUUUUAGUUGCUCAGCAGAGUAAGGACUUCCAGCAGCUGUGUGAGCAGCUAGGCCAGCUGAAUAUGCCCAGUGUCCUAGCAGAGCUAAAUCAAUUGAUCUCUGUCCCUUGGAUACCCAGACAUGUGAAGGACAGUGCUUCUCAGACUUCACCAUCUCUGGCCCAGAGCCUCAGUUUCACCAGGCAGGAGAAAUAUGCCUCUGAGGAACCAGUUAUGUGGCAGGUCCAGGCCCUCCCUGCUGCAUGCAAUCUUAGUGUGGGCUCCUUGAGGCCUGGAGAGUCUGGCAUCUGGGGUGAGGGAGCAAAGAGUAGUGCUCUCCAAGAAGAGGCUGUGCCGCUGGCAGUUGGAACUGGCAAAAGAAGCAGGCAAAUCAAGGAUAAGGCAGUGCAGACUAACUGCCAGAAUUGUGCUAUUACUAAAACAGGCUCUGAGAACCAUGGCUCUGGCGUCCUGGGCCACAAGAUUCCUGAAGACAGGGACCUGGUUUCCCAAGGAGCUUCACGGCUUAUAUCACUGGAUUUAAACAACUUUGCAACCAGCAUUAAGAACACCUGCCAAAAAUGUCAAGCCAAAGGCAUGUUUCCGUGUAACCCUUGUGAACAAAGGUUGAUGACUGAACAGAAAGGCAGAACUGUAGAAAGAGGGGGGAAAGGCAAAAAGCAGCAUCCCAGGAAAGCCCCCAGAAGCAGGCUCCUAGCCAGGAAGCAAGAACAAACCCCAGGCAAGAACAAACCCCAAGCAAAACUUGCUUCCAAUUCUAAAUAUCCUCACCCUCCAGUUUCCAUCUCACAAAGGCCCCCCCAGGGGCGGCAGGAAUCCCUUGCUCAGCCCCUGCAUCUUCAGGGCCCCAGGAGCCCCACAAAACCAGUCUGCUCUGCUCUGAGAGGAACAGUCAUGCCCAGUAAGACAGCAAGGGCGGUGCAAGGGAAUCUCUUGCAGUACAGUGGGCAUGCUUCCCAAGACAACAGCCUGCUUUCUCACAGUUCCCAGGGGGACCAACAGAUGAGCUGGUUCAGUGACCUCAACGUCAGAAAAGAGCCCCCUCAGUGCAAGGAGCCAGGGAAGAAUAUGCUCUAUGACCUGGGUUUUGAUAGCAGUGAUGAUGGCUUCUGACCAGCCCAUAGUGACUUCAGCUGAUGGUUUAUUGGUCUCAGUUGGAAAGACAAAUCACAGAACACUUUGGGCUGGCUAACAGCAGAAACUUCCCAAAGGCCUGCCUGGAACCCUCAGAGUCAGAGGCUAUGCUUUGGAGGGGGUGGUGGUCAGGGUGGUGGUGCAGGGCUGGGGAGCAGAUCUGGCACUCUGGGUACCAGGUGCUGCCCAUGACAGAGCAUAGAGAUAAAUACACCCUUAUUUAUGGGAAUGAAAUGUGUGCAGAGGUGGUGAUGAGAGCUGGGGCAGCAGCCUGGGUGCGGGGCAUAAGGAGGAGGGUGUUGUAUUUGGUAGAAGGAGGGCUGCCUUCCAUAUGGAAUAUCCAGUAGCAGAAGGGCUCUCACAAAACUGUUGGUGUAGCAGCAAGUCUCCCAAACACAACAUUUUUGGUCUUCAAACAUUUCCUUCACAUGACCAAUAUCUUUCUGGAGCUCAGGAUUUUUUAAAAAAA